CAGUAGUAGUUCUAUUAUAUAAUGUCAACAUCAGGACUGAUUGCUGCUAAAAAAAGAAUCGAAAAUGCAGCUCGAAAAUACGAAAUACCAAUUGAAUCUACCCCAACAGAUGUUGAUUCUUAUCAAAAUGGUAUACUCUUUCUUUCAUUAUUUCAGUCUCGACUUAACUGGACAAGCUCUGUAUUCUCAAAAUAUAAACUUGAUCCAGUUCAACAACCAAAAAGAACGACUCAUUCACGUAAAAAAUGGCCCAACAUGAAAUAUAUAAGCACUUGUAAUUUGGAACUCGGUGCUCAUGUAUUUAUGAAUACACCAUUUUAUAAAGCAAUACGAUGUGAAAGUUGGGGAUCCAUUGCUAAAAGUCAAGGCUUAAAUGUUCCUGAAGAAGAGACGGCACAAUUAGAACAAAAGGAGGAAACAUUGACAUUUGUAGAUAUUGUAUUUGAAUUAAAGGAUGUUCCAAAUGAACGUUUUAUUUUCCCUAAAGAUACCAUAUUAGAGAUUAUACCCAUAAGUGGAGAAGCCUAUAAAACAAUCCAUGCAUCAUUCAUAUUACCUCUUGAUGAAAACGUAGCAGACGAAUUUUUCAUGUCACCAAAGGAUAAAAUACUAAAAUAUGGGGAAUCAAGUCAAUUGUCUUGUAUUCAGGAAUUUAUCAAACUAAAUAAGGAUGAUAAGAAAAAAAGUAAAGAGAUAGAAAAGGAAAGAAAUUAUCAGCCUGUAAAUAUUCGAAUGACCAAAGCGGAUCUAUCGCUUGUAGAAGCUCUUGAAAAUUAUGUAUACAAAAUGCAAGAUGUUAGAAGAAGCAUGAAAGAUAAAUUAAAGCAUGCACAAGGAAAAAAGAGUUAUAUAAAAUUUGAUUUAUCUGAUGACCUUAGUCAUAGUAAUAAAAUUCAAGAAUUAGUUAAAAAGGCAACCACAGUACCGGAUCUAACGACUGGACCCAUUCAAGCAGAAAAGAAACGUAACGAGAUUCUGAAUGCAAUUAAGCUAGGCAAACGAGAAAGAGAUGAGAAAUUUGAGUCGGAAUUACCCAAGAAUAAAUAUAUAAAUGUGAAAGAGGAUACUCUAUUCAAAUGUGCAUAUUGCAGUACAAAAUACACGACUAUGUGGAGAUCAGGACCUGCAGGUCAUGGUACUCUUUGUAAUAGUUGCGGUAUUCAAUGGAAACAAGGAGAGAUUUUGAUAGAUGCACCUGUAAUCAGUAUGAAAGAGGAAAGGCGUAUAAUAAAGGAGAAAAAGGAACGUGAAAGAGCAGCAGAAUUAGCAGAGCUAGAAAAAACGGAGCAUGAAACAAAGCGACACCAAAAGAAAAAUGCACGUCAAGAGACUAGCUAUCAAGUACAAGAUUUGGGUCGUUUCGCUGUUCAAUUACUACAACAAAAGUAUCGACACCAAGGUAAAAAGGGCACUAUAAUACCUGAAGUGGAGUCCUCAACACAUUCUUCAGAGGGUAAAAAAAAGAGUAAUAAGGAGACAAUACCAAAAUCCAAAGAACAGUUAAAUAUAAUAGAUAAUACAUCAUCAAAUCAAACAUCACCCUCAUUACAGCCACAGGUACAACCACCGCAAGAUCCACCAAAGCCCUUAUCCCUUUAUAGUCCUGCUGGUAUACCUUUACCUACUUUAUCUAUCGAAUUUGCGAACCAAAUAGAAUUUAUUCAUCCAAAUUGUGGUAUUACUAUGCUUGAUCGUUAUUUAUCUGUUCGUUUAUGUAAAAAUGAGUGUGAACAAACUACAAUUGAGCUUCAUAAAAAGGAUUUAAUAAAUGCAACAUUUGAAGUUGUAAACGAAUGGUAUACUGCUGAUCAACAAAGGGAGGUUUUGAAGAUGAAAGUGUCCCCUCCUGACUCAAAAACAUGUCUUGUCUUUGGUCAAUCAAUUCAUUCACAUCCUAUUGUCAUCAGGUACCUAGAAAAAUUAGAUCCAAAUGGAGGGGCUGUAGUACAACGAAUUAUACAAAGGUGGCUUAUUACUGCUCCUCAAGAAUGAAUCAUAUAAUAAAUGAAGAUAUAUGAAGGAGAUAUAAUGGUGUGUGCAACAUUAUUUAUUGCCUAUAAAAUAAUAUGGGAGGCGGGGAAGUUUUUUUUUUCUUUUCUCUCUU